AGUCAUGUAAAUUACUUUAAAAUUUCUUGAAUAAUUUUUACGCAAGUCUAGUUAGCAAUUGAAUUUAAUUUUUUGUGUUAAGCUUUUUGUAUCAAAGAUGAUGAUGUACACAUUUAACAUAUUAGUAUUAUUAUUCUUCUAUCAGCUAGAUUUAUCUGAAAGUUUCAGUUUCGAUGAUCCAGAUUCAUGGGUCGAAGAAUUCCCAAACUGUGGUGGAAGAAAUCAAUCACCCAUUAAUAUUGAUCUCAGAACAGUAACUUAUAAGAAGUAUCCUAAUUCGUUUACUAUUUAUAAUGAGAAUAGAAAACCAUAUAAUUACACUUUAUGCAAUGAUGGCAUGGCACUCAAAUUAUCUGGUAAUUAUGCUGAUGGUCAGAAAUCCUAUCUCUCUGGUGGCCCAUUUGGUAAAGAUGAAUAUGAAUUUGAUCAUGUUCAGUUCAUUUGGAGUGCAUCUGAUGAUGAACAAAGUGGUCAUCAGCUUGCUGACUUGAAUUAUCAAAUGGAGACCCAUUGGAUACAUUUCAAACAAGAAUAUGGAACGCUUGAGAAUGCUAAGAAUUUCCCAGAUGGUAUUGUCAUCGUUGGUGGAUUAUGGGCUGUGAAAGACGACAUCGAUGAAACAGCUUUGACAACUAAAAUAGUACCCCAACUUGUAAAUGUUUCACAACCAAAUACAAAAACACCUAUCGAACCAUUCACGUUUAGUGAUUUAGAAGCUGAACCAGAUUCUUCAGUAGAUGCUUAUCUUUAUUUUGGAAGUGAGACAGUUCCUCCAUGUGCACCUGCAACUUGGGCUGUCCUAAAAUUUACUUAUUAUCUGACUUCUGCAGAAUUAUCAGCUUUUCGAGCUGUGACCUUAGAAAAUGGUGCAAAUCAUAACAUGCGACCAGUUCAACCCCUUGAAGAUCGUGAGAUCUAUCAGACUCCAAAAGUAUCAGGACAAGUCAUUACUAUGAUGGACCUAUUGAACCCCAUUUAAGGAAUUUUUAAAGAUAAUCCGUAUGACAAAUUGAAUUUGAAAAAAUGACUAAAUGAAAUCAUUUAAAGAAAUUAUGUUGUGUAAAAAUGUACUAUUUUUCAAUGCCAUACCUAUGAUAUAUAUGACUACUUAAUCAUGAUUGCUUAAGUGAUCUUUAUCACCAUCCUUAAUAAAGAAGUAUUCACCUUCAAUGAAUGAUAAAAAA